UCGUCAAAUCUGGUAAAAGGAAAAGUAUCUCGAAGUAACUACAACUUGUUCCAAGUCUAAUUUGCUCUACUUUUCUCUACUUCUACUUCCAUUCUACAUGAACGACUGUCAGAGUAGUAUUUUUACAUGAUUCUUGUGUUAUUUGUAUCGAAGAUAAAUUAGAGAAGAAUAUUUAUAAAUGGGAUAGCGAUGAUAAGAUUUGUAUCAUUUUGUAUACUAACUAACGAAGAAAAACGAAAUAAGUUGUAAACUAAGAGUCACGUUUGUUGUAAGAUUAUUGUUUAUGACAACAAAUCAUUUCUGACGAUUUUAAUCGAAAAUAGUAAUGGACGAUCAACAGUUAAACAAUUUAAUUAAAUGGUUAGAUACUUUUGACAUUGCAGCACCUCACUCAACAGUGGAGGAUAUAAGCGAUGGUGUUGCUUUAGCAGAUGUUUUAGCCCAAAUUGCUCCAGAAUGGUUUACUGCUGCUUGGAGGGCAAAGAUUAAACCCGAUGUCAGUUCUAACUGGAGGUUAAAAGUUAGUAACCUCAAGAAAAUAAUCGAAGCUGUAAUGGAAUAUUAUAUAGAAUGUUUAAAUCAACAGUUAUCAGGUUAUAUUAAACCCGAUGCAUCUAAAAUUGGUGAACAUUGCGAUUAUUACGAAUUACGUCGUUUAUUACAAUUGAUUCUUGGAUGUGCAGUUAAUUGUAAUCAAAAGCAACAAUAUAUAACAAGGAUCAUGGGUAUGGAAGAAACUGUUCAACAAGCUAUUAUGCAAAGCAUUCAAGAAUUGGAAAGUAAUAUGAACGGUCCAAAAUUAAGUUUAGGUACUAGUCUUAACUUUGAAUCUUUGGAUGUAGCUGAUGGUACUCAGCAAAGAUUAUUGACACAACUUCAAACAACUGUUGACAUGAAAGAACAAUUGGCACAAAGGUGUCAUGAACUUGAUCAUCAGUUAUCGCUUUUACAAGAAGAAAAAGCAGCACUAGUAGCAGAAAAUAAGAAGCUUCAAGAAAGAUUAGAUGAAUUUGAUAAUCCAGAAGAAUCUGGUUCUAUUUUAAGAUAUUCUGGCUUAAGGAAAGAAGUAGAAGCUCUUAAAGAUGAGCUAUUUAAGGUGGAAACUUCUAGAGAUGAUUAUAGAUUAAAGGUAGAACUAUUAGAAAAAGAAGUAUUAGAGUUAAGAUCUAGACAAGAAGAUUUACAAAAAACAGCAGCCAAAGCUAAUCAUUUAAAAGAUGAAGUAGAUGCAUUAAGGGAAACUGCAGAUAAAGUAACUAAAUAUGAACUUACAAUAGAAUUCUACAAAAAGAAAAUGGAAGACCUAAGUGAUUUGAAACGGCAAGUUAAAAUAUUGGAAGAUGAGAACUUACAAUAUUUGCAGUCUAAGAUAGAUUAUGAGGAAGAAUCAAAGCGAACUGCAAUGCUACGCAAUCAUUUAGAAGUUUGCAAACAACAACUUGCUGAAGUUAAUCAUAAAUUAGAUGAACAAACCAACAAAUGUGAUAAACUUGAAUUUGAAGGGAAAAAAAUGGAAGCAAAGUUAAGCACUUUACAAAGGGAAAGAGACAGACUAAUUGUUGAAAGAGAUGCUUUAAAAGAAACAAAUGAAGAAUUAAAGUGUACACAAUUACAGGCAGCAGAAAAUAUGGCAAAACCUAGUACUGAUAGUGCAGUUACAAGUACAGAAAUGAUACCUCUUGAAAUUAAAGAAAAGUUACUAUGUUUACAACAUGAAAAUAAAAUGUUGAAACUUAAGCAGAAAGGAAACGAUGAUAAGUUACCUACAGUCCAAGCAGUGUUAGAAGAUUCUGAGGAAAGAUUAAAUGUACUUAGAACUGAAAAUCGUAAAGCUAAUCAGAAAAUAAUUGAAUUAGAAAAUAGAUUAGAAGAAGUAUUGGGAAAACAGUCAAGUGGAGAGAAUAAACCUGACAAUACCAAUUUAGGACAGAAAAUAACACAGUUACAAGAUGAACUACGAAGAGUGCAAGGAGAAAAAGAACGUUUUAUUCUUCAAAUCGAAGAACGAGAAAAUGCACUACAAGCUCAAAAACAAAAAGCUUUUGCUCUCCAAGAAAAAUUAUCGCGCAGAGAAUGUGAUAAUGCAGCACUUGAAGAACGUUAUAAAAAAUAUGUGGAAAAAGCGAAAAGUGUUAUAAAAAGUUUAGAUCCUAAACAAAAUAAUUCAUCUCCUAACGAAAUAGGUGUUUUAAGGAAUCAGAUCUUAGAACAACGAAAGAUUAUGGAAGAUAUGGAACGAUCUUUAAAAGAAUCUAAAUUAAUCAAAGAAAUGGAAGAAAAACUAAUAAUAUCUGCCUUCUAUCAUUUAGGUUUAACUUGUCAUAGAGAAGCAAUAGAUCAACGUCUAGCAGCCUUGAGUUCAGGUCAGGGACAAUCUUUUUUGGCACGACAGAGGCAGCCAUCAGCUAGACGUCAUUUACCUUAUAAUUCUAAAUAAUAUGCAACAAAACUCCUA